AUGUCAACACGCAGACACCAACAUUUGACAUCGUCAUCCAGCCUCUCUCCACUACCAACGACGAUAUUUAACUACCUUUCUCUCGGAUGUGUACUCAUCGUUCUUCUCACUCUCAUUGAUUUUCUUUUCCUCUCACAAGAACAUUAUCUCACCAAUCGUCAUUGGGAUCGUUCUCUCUCUUCGGGUCGACAUCAUCAUCACCAUUCAGACUCGUAUGAUGAUUCUCCAUUCUUUUCAUCCUUGUCAUCGCCAUCCUCCUUUUUCUUCCUUCAUGCACUAAAAGUUUCAUUCGAUUUGACCUUUCUUGAGAACGAUGAAGCUGCUCGUUCCUGUUACACAGAAGGAUCUUCUUACACACGUGGAUCGCCGUAUCAACAAACUCCACCACAAUGUGAUGCCACUGAUUCCACUAACUUGGUCACAGUUCCGAAAGAAGAUUGUGUUGGAACAUGUAAAGUUCUUGAUGUGAUCACCUCUUCACACAUUACUGUCUGGAAAACAAAUAUUAUUCCAGCAGUGAGUGCAAUAUUGGAUGAUUUAAUUCAAGUGAAACCACAAUUCAAGAUGCCAAAUGAUACAUUUUUGUUGGAUGUUGCAAAUAGUAAUAACGUGCAGAGAUGUCAAUACACGACAGAGUAUGGAAUUCCAAUUCCACAAUUUUACAAAACACCUUUGAAUACCUCAUACAGUGAUCAAUUGAAAGGUGUGGAUUUGGUAGUAUUUGUGACCAUGCGACCCUUAACCAUGACUGUCAAGGGAAGUGGAAUGAUGUGUGUGACACAGAAUUUCAAUGGAGUGAAAAGACCGGUGAUGGGUUUAAUUAAUAUUUCUCCUGGAGUUUUUAAGUCACUAUCAACGAGAAAUCAAAUCAUGACAGUUCUUCACAUGAUGUAUCACAUUUUAGGAUUUAAUUUACAAUCUUUUAAAGAUGCAGGUCUUCAAAUCACCUCCAUGACUAAUACUUACAAUUCAGUUUCUAGAAACAUUUUCUAUCUAAAUGCACCCAAAGCCAUCGCUCAAAUGAAAUCUCAUUUUGCAUGUGAAACUUCACAAGAUGCAAAAGUGAACGCUCUUCCUCUCGAAGAUUAUGACGAUCUCAUCAUUUCAUUCAAAUACACACUCGACAUGACCGAUUACGAAAAAGGAAAAGCUCCCUUACUCGAAUCAAGAGUUUUCUUUAAUGAAUUAAUGUCAAGUACCUUUCAAUCCAUCGAUCCUUCAGAUGGUCCAAUGCCUUCAAAAAUAUCACUUGCUGUUCUCGAGGAUUUGGGAUAUUAUAAUGUGAAUUAUUCGUCCUUGAAUUCAUAUGGAAAGAAAUUGAAUGCUCUUGUGGCGUUACCUCGUGAGAAGUAUGUUUGGGGUCUGUCACAAGGUUGCUCCAUUUUACAAGAACGAUGUGAAUUUUGGGAUUCUUCAGCUCGUGGAUAUUUCUGUUCAUCGAAUACUGAAAGUGAUGGAACCACAAAAAUUCCCAUGUGUACCUUUGAUUUGAAAGCAAAAGGAACGUGUGACGCUGCUCCCUAUGCAAAUUCCAUUCCUCCUUAUUAUGUGCAUUUUAGUGGAACCAAUAAGGGAGGAUUAUCGAUCUUUAGAGAUUAUUGUCCCAUUGUGUUACAAGCAUCAAGUGGAGAUUGUACCAAAUCGUAUAACAAACCAUCAGAUGCCACUUUAAAACAAACUGGAGAAAGUUAUGGAACUUAUUCUGGAUGUUUCUUUUCAAAUCUCGUGAGUCAAGAAUCAGGUUUGGAUUACAGACAAUUCUCACCUGAAUCCAGAUGUUAUGAAUAUUCAUGUGGACCUCUUGAUAGUAAUUCCACAACCGUGAUUGACACCUAUUUAUUUGUGAAAAUUGGAAACUAUUGGUUGAAAUGUCCAAAAGAAGGAGGAGUGUUGUUAAAUAAGGCAAAUCAAUACGAUGGACAAAUUGAAUGUCCCAAAGUAGAUGUCUUGUGUGAUCGAAAUUCCACACGACCCAAUUAUUCAGCUUUUGUUUCUGAUCAGGAACUAAACAAGAGACAAGAUGUGGAUAUUUGGAAAUGGGCAAGAGAGUUGAGUUGGUGGGUGUGGUUGAUUAUUGGUUUAGGUGUGGGAGCUGUUCUACUGUUAAUGUGUUUCUUUGUGGUGUGUUUGUAUUGUAGAAGAGUUUACAAAAAACGAGGAAAAUGGAAUACGACAAAAACCAUUGAUAUUCGAGAAAUUGAUAUUCAACAUUAA